AAAGCACUGUCUACAGUGUGUCACGUAUCUUCAAACAGAGAAAGUGAGCGUGGAAUAAUGUCUUCAGUUUAACUGCACACUGGUGGAAUAAUGAUGGGGUCUUUUUGUAAAAAGAUGACCUGAGCAAUAAAAAUGUGACCUGUUUUGAUUUGCUGAAAGCUGAACUCUGUCUGCUUCCUCAAGCUGCCAACAUGGACACAUUUACUCACCAAAGGAGGCCGAUAACACGCUCCUGCAGUCUUGUGGACACAAUGACCAGAAGCACCACUUUCAACUCUUCAACCGAGUCCACAGACCGCCAGGAAGAGGAGGGGUCGCCACGACAACGACGCAUAACCGUUGAAUCAUACAUGCCUCAGACUAAGGAUCAGAAUGGAAACUUUCCUGAGAAGCAGGAGGACAGGCAAGUGGCCAAACGUCUUGCUGAGCUGAACACAGAGGAAGUCUGCCAGUGGUUUACCAGCAUUGGACUGCAGAAAUGUCUUCCCUUCAUCAGCGAGGUGAAACUGUGUGGAGCAGACAUAGCUUCAGUGGAUGUGAACAUUCUGGACAUCCUGCAUAUCAACACACUGGAGGACAGGGAGCUGCUGCUGUCUGCGAUUUAUAAUGAGCUGCACCCUCCAAGCACCGUCACCCAGAGACUCGACUCUCUGCUUGAAUCCGAAGGUCCUAACAAUGUUGAGAAAUUUACAACGACAUUAGUAUCAAUGACCAAGUCCAAGUCCUCUCCUCAUGUGAGCUGCCUGAGCAGGAAUCGGCGUUCCCUGAAGCUCAGGAGCAGCCCGAACUUCAUGACACAGAGGAAUUCCCAACUAAUAGAGAUUACUAUUAAUGCCUCAGAGCGGAUAGUUCAUCUCAGAACCCCAAAGGAAACAACAGUUGGAAAAAUCAUGGAUUCAUGCUUUAAAAUGUUGGGAAUGACAGAAGAUAAGAGCCUCUUCAUUCUGAAGGAAACGCAAGGUUCAUCAGAGGAGCUCCCGCCAGAUCAGCAGAUUGGGGGUCUACUCACAUUCACACCAGAGAACAGACAAUUGGAGCUACACUUGUGUAAAACGAAGAAGUUAUCGGAGAGUGCUUCGCACAAUAAUCCAGAAGUAAACCGUUCAAAUGAGAACGUCAACAAAAAUGUCCAGGUGAUCCAGGCAGCUAAAGAAGAGAGGAUCAGGGAGCUAAAACUACAGGUGGACUCGCUGCAAAAUGUCAUUCUUCAGGUCCAGGAGCUCCACCAUGGCCUUGUAGCAUUUUGCUCAGAGAUAAAGAACAUGGAUGGAGAUGCGGAUGUAAAAGGACUUGGCUCUGCUGAUCUGAAGCACAGGCUAGAGUUGGUUAUAAGCCGAAUGAACGACAAGAGGCAGAGCCUGCAGAUCCUCAGAGACAACAUUAACAACUCCAGUGCUCACAAGAACAAACAGUUGGACGUCCGUCUCUUGGAAAAGAUGAAACUGAACUGCCAAGUGUUUAAAGAGGAAAUUUCCAUGGUGCAUCUCAACCGGCAGGUGGCUUACCUCCAAAAUGCCUUGCAGGAAAGCUAUGAUAAGGAGAAAGCUCGGAAAAAGAGUUUGGCCAUUGGUAGCCUGAGCCAGCUGGUGUCACCGCAGUCUCCUGCCAUGCUGCUGGUCGUGCAGGAGAACCGCAACCCUGACGGCCUUUAUGGCUUUACGUGCCGCCACAGAGAAGGCAGCGGACUGGUGGUGGUCAGAGUGGACGACUCUCACCUCUGUGUGGAUGACAGGCUGGUGGAAGUGAAUGGUGUGCCUGUGGUCAACUCAACACAGGAGGAGCUGACUGACAUCCUGCUGCAGGGACCCAGCGCUAAAAUUGUCGUCCUUCGCCAGCCACCGCCCACCCCCACCUCCCAGCAGCACCCUCUGGCCCUGCAGCGCAUCGACAAUCCUCAUCCCAUGCAGACAAUUUGCCCAGCAAGAGAAGUGGUCACCAUAGAAACCCCUCCACGCCGGAAGGUGAUGGCCAUCUGAUGACCCGACAGAGAGAAAGGAGACUAAAGACAGGGUUGAUGAGAAAGAGAGCAAUGUGAAUUGAUGUGUCGCAGAAAGACCCAUAAUGUGAAAUGCCAUGUCGUCUUUUUUUAGUUGUUUAUUUACCUCCAUAUCUGGUAAUGUUUAUUGUUUGGAUAAAAUGUUCUUUAUAGAUUGCCCAAAAAAAAGAGUUAGGAAUUUCACAUUGUAAUGUAAUGUUUGUUUUUUGUGACGUUCAUUCUAGUAGCCUCACCAUAUGUACAUAACUCUGCUCUCUGCAAAUUAUUAUGUAUAUUCUAUAUUGCUUCAAUGUUUGUGCAAUGCCUAUGAAAAGCAUGGUUCCACACAAAGCAAAAGAAAACGGCAGAACACAA